AUUCUCACACACAACACAAUCUCACACAUGGUCACAGAAAAACAGCAUGCCCGCCCCAACACCUAGGGUUUUACACGUACACACAAUGACAGAAUCAGAGGGUCGUGGCACCACUCACAAAAUUAGCCAGGUUACAGAACUUGUUCAAAUUUAAACACCAUUCUAAGGGAGUAUAGAGUCAGAUUAAAGUGGUCAGAGUGGUGUGAUCAGGGAAGGCAUUUUUGGAGAUGUGACAUUUGUAUCUGAAUGGACAGAAUAAGAGAACUUGGAAGACACCCUCUAGAAGAGCCAUUUUAGGAAGGGAGGACACAUUCACACCCAUCAUCACCAAAUCACAAAUACUUUAUACCCCGACCCCUUCCCUCCGAUCUUCGAGGUAACCAUUUCCGAAGCUGAAACGCUCUAGGGAAGUCGGGACCUGCGCACUCUACUCCCUGCCCUCCCUGUCCCACACACUUUUUCGGGUACCCCAGCACAACUGUAGGUGCUCGCCCCUCCGUUUGUGUGGGCGCGCGCUCCCGAACCGCACCCCCUGCGGCUGCUCCGCGACUCUAAGUUCUGCCCCUGGUUGCUAAGAGAGGUGGACGGAGCACUCGUGUCUGCGCACUUCAAUCGUAGGCCAUCUAGCUGACACUCUACCCCGUUCCCGUGGCGGACCCAGGCUCCGAAUCAUCCAAGGACACUGCCAUUUCCCAAGAGAAGAGCCAAGAAGAGGAAAGAAUGGCUGUUGGACUUCUUAAAGCCAUGUACCAGGAGUUGGUGACCUUCAGAGAUGUGGCUGUAGACUUCUCCAGAGAAGAGUGGGAUUGUCUAAAUUCUUCUCAAAGGCAUCUGUACAGUAAUGUGAUGUUGGAGAAUUAUAGGAUCUUGGUGUCCCUAGGACUUUGCUUUUCUAAGCCAAGUGUGAUAUUAUUAUUGGAACAAGGGAAAGAGCCCUGGAUGGUGACAAGAGAGCUGGCCAAAGGCUUGUGCUCAGGCUGGGAAUCUAGGUGUGAGACUGAAGAAUUAACCUCAAAGCAAGAUAUUUAUGAAGCACAAUCAUCCCAGAAGAUUCUAGAAAAACUUACAAGCUGUGGCCUUGAGUAUUCCAGUUUAAGAGAAGAAUGGAAAUGUGAGGACCAUUUUGAGACACAGCCAGUAAAUCAGAAGGCAUGUUUCAAGGAAGAGACAAUCACUCAUGAAGAAGCCCUUAUUAAUAAAAGAGCACAAGAAUAUAACAAAUCUUGGGGAAAUUUCCAUCCGAACACACUGCUUCAUACACAACAGAUAACCACCAAAGAGGAGAAAGUACAUAAACAUGAUACACAUAAGAAAAGCUUUAAAAAAAAUUUAAUGGCCAUUAAGCCCAAGAGUAUCUAUACAGAGAAAAAACUUUUGAAAUGUAAUGACUGUGAAAAAGUCUUUAGCCAGAGCUCAUCUCUUACUCUUCAUCAAAGAAUUCAUACUGGAGAGAAACCAUAUAAAUGUGUAGAAUGUGGAAAAGCCUUCAGCCAGAGAUCAAAUCUUGUUCAACACCAGAGGAUUCAUACUGGAGAGAAACCCUAUGAAUGUAAGGAAUGUAGGAAAGCCUUCAGUCAGAAUGCACACCUAGUUCAGCAUCUGAGAGUUCAUACUGGAGAAAAACCUUAUGAAUGCAAAGUGUGUAGGAAAGCCUUUAGCCAGUUUGCUUACCUUGCUCAACAUCAGAGAGUUCAUACUGGAGAGAAGCCUUAUGAAUGUAUUGAAUGUGGAAAAGCAUUUAGCAAUAGAUCAUCCAUUGCUCAACACCAGAGAGUUCAUACUGGUGAGAAACCUUAUGAAUGUAAUGUCUGUGGGAAAGCAUUUAGCCUUCGUGCAUACCUUACUGUACACCAGAGAAUACAUACUGGAGAGAGACCCUAUGAAUGUAAGGAAUGUGGGAAGGCUUUCAGCCAGAAUUCACAUCUUGCUCAACAUCAGAGAAUUCAUACUGGAGAAAAACCUUAUAAAUGUCAAGAAUGUAGGAAAGCAUUCAGCCAGAUUGCCUACCUUGCCCAACAUCAAAGAGUUCAUACUGGAGAGAAACCCUAUGAAUGUAUUAAGUGUGGGAAGGCUUUUAGCAAUGACUCAUCCCUUACUCAGCAUCAGAGAGUUCAUACUGGAGAGAAGCCUUAUGAAUGUAACGUUUGUGGAAAGGCUUUCAGUUACUGUGGAUCCCUUGCCCAACAUCAGAGAAUUCAUACUGGAGAGAGACCCUAUGAAUGUAAGGAAUGCAAGAAAACUUUCAGGCAGCAUGCACACCUUGCUCAUCAUCAGAGAAUCCAUCUUGGGGAGUCACUCUCACCACCCAAUCCAGUCAAUCACCAAGUUCUCUAGACACUAUCUCAUAAAUAUAUCCAGAAUUUAUAUUCUUUUUUUUCUAUCUCUAAAGUCACCGUAGAUUCAUCUCACCUCAAUCACCAUACUGUAGCUUUCCAAGAGGUCUUCCUAUAUCAACUUUUGAUCCCCUUAAAUUCAUUCCCACCAUGCCCCAAACUGAUUUUUUUAGUAUAAGAAUAUAUCACUGCCUCCAGUUAAGACUUUUUUUUCUUUUUUGGCUUAUUAUUUUCUUAAGCUAACAUCCUCAGUCUUUAAAUUGUCUGUGAGGUGCUUCAUUAUCUGGUUCUUACAUACCUUUCAGUCUUAUUUUAUUUAUUCCAGUCUCCUUCACUGAGCACUAGGCACUUCCCAGGACUAAGAGCUUAGAUUCUGGAAAAUCAGCUCUACAACUGCUGUGGUAUUGUACGACUUUGAGUAAUUUGUUUGACUUAUCUAAACCUCAGGGUUUUCUUUAAUUCUUAAAAUAGGGAUAAUAAAGGAUACUGUAUUGUAGAACUGUGAUUAUUAAAUGAUAUAGUGUCUGUUGUAGACUGAUGCAUAUAAAGGAAUAAAUUUGCAUGUAAAGUGCUUCACGUAGCACAUCAAUUAUAGCAGAUAUUCAAUAAAUCAUAAUAGCUAACGUGUAUUGAGUGUCUACUCUGCACCAGGCACUGUUCUACAUACUCAGCAUAUGUUAAGUUACUUACUCCACAGCUAGAACAAAAUUCUUCAGUGGACAAAGUAGAACAUCCCUGGGAAGCAGCAGGUCAGAAUUAAGAAAACCUAAAAAUUUUAGAAACAUAAGUGGGAGUCUUUGCACUCUAGAUACGUAAUCAGGAUAGACAACAAGUAGAACUACUAACACCUACAACCAGUUUUAGGAAGUUUCUAAAGGAAUUGGAUAAACAAUAUAAGGAGAGUGAUGAUUGAGAAGAAUACAGAACUCACAUUUAGAUCAAGAAAAGAAUAGAGGAUCACAACUCCAAAAAACCAAUAAACAUAGAAAUUCACACUGUCCCAUAAAAAUAUACCAGGCCCACGCAAUUGUAUGGGUGAAUCUAAGUAAUUUAAGAAGCAUUUAAAUUGUUCUACACCACAGAAAAAGUAUAAAGUUUGUGAAUGUUUUAGCCAGUGGUUGUAAAAUUUAAACCAAAUAGGAAUUAAGGGUAAAAAGCUACAGACAAAUAUAUAUAGGGUUUCCUAUAAUAUAUUAUAUAUAUAUAUAUAUAUAUAUAUAUAUAAUAUAUAUAAUUUCUCCUUCAGUGAAUAUUGAGUACCUACUGUUUGCUGGACAUGGUUUUAGACACAAGGAGACAAUAGUGAUCAAUACUAAGACUAUGUCUUCAUGGAGUUAAAUUUCAAAGGCUAAAAUCAUUAACACUUAAAUAUAAAACAAUAGAUUUUCUAGACCUAGCAAAAUGAAAAAUAAUAAACUGAGGAGUAUUAUAUGGUCUAAGCUGAAGAGACAGCCUAAUAAAAGUUGUCAGCUAUUCCUAAUUCACAAAUUCACUCCAAUUAGAACCAAAAUUCCUCAGGUCUUUUUUCCUGCUAAUUUCACAGCUUUGUUCUAAAUUCAUCUAUGAAGUGUGAACUCUUAAGCAAGACAGCUGUCGAGUCUGACCUAUUUCUAGAAAUUCUGCAUAUGAUUAAGAUGGCUUAGACCCAUAGAGAAAAGAUGCAUUUGGGGUUAUUAGAAUAAUUGUUUAUAUCCAUUACAGUAAGGGAAAAGCAAAUAAAAUCAUAGUGAACUAUUUCAAAAUCAUUACAUUGGCAAAAGCAUCAUAGUACCAAUUACUGGAAAGAUGUGGAGCAGUACGAAUGUUCAUACAGUGCUAUUGGAAGUAGUUGUAUUUAGGAUAAUUUAGCAAUAUCUAGUAAAGUUGAAAAUGCGUAUACUCUCUGACCCAGCAGUUCCACACUUAAACCUCUUAUAGUCUCUCCUCUCUUCAUGUGUCUAGAGAAGUAUACAUGAAAGUCUAUUUCAGUAUUAUUUAAGAAUGAAAAGCUUAAAGCAAUCAAAAUAACCAUUAGGGUGAAUAGAAGUUAGAUCCCAAGUUAAAAAGAAUGAAGUAGAGAUAUUUCUGUCAGCAUGGAUAAAUCUUAAAACAAUGUUAAUGAAAUUGAACUAGACAGUAUUUUGUAUUAUAUGGUACCAUUUAUAUAAAGUUUGAAAAUAUGCAAAUUGAUGCUAUGUGUAUUUUCCAUGGCUAAAUACCAUAUAGAUUUAGUAUAGCAACAUUCAUGGAAAUAAUAAUUAAAUCCAAAACAGUGGUGACCUCUGGAGGGGGAGAAAAAUGAGCUUGAGAAAAGGAUGCAAAAGGAGAUAUCUGUUAAUCACUCACUUCUUUAAAAAAUAAGCAGACAUGGCCAAUUCUUAUAAAUUGAUAAAGCUGGUUGUUGGUUUAUAGGUAGGUUCUUAUUCUCUAUAUCUUUCUGUAUAUUUAAACUACUUCAUAAUAAAAAAAUAACAUUUAAGUA